AAACCCUGACCCCCCGACCAGCGCUAAACCCUUCAACUAACGACGGCUUUAAGACCUAGCUUCCUUGCUGUAGAGGAAGAGAGAACAAAGGAAACAUAUUGUUUGUAACAGUGUUGAAGCAAAGAUGUCGCUUGACGGGAGCUUUCGUCUUGAAUCCCAGCUGGAAAGGUUUGUUAAUCGGCGCCCCAAGCUUGCCAAGGUUCAGCUAUUCGUUUACCUACUGAAUAAGGGUACCGAGCUCACUGAAGGAGAAGUUGUAAAUGCACUGGGAGAGUUGGUUCUGCACCCGAAUUAUACUAUACCAUUGGUGGGAUGUUUUCUACCGAUAGCACGCAACGUUAUUGACAGAACAGUGGAGCUGCUUCGUUUAGUGCCUGACUUGAGUUCAGAUAAUGAUUUGAUGACGGAUUUUGAUGAAGAAAGAUUUAUUGCAGAAGAUGAAGGUUAUGACCCUGCGGACAUUACACAUUUUGUUAAUGUUUAUGCCAGAAAUGGGAAGGGUUUGAGGCUUCAUGAACUUGCAUGUCUUGCAUUCUGUAGGGCACUCGAUUUGGUUCCGCAUUUGAAGGAGUCAAUUUUUAGUUAUUUUAGUUUUGCUCCACCUCCUUUUCAAAGGAUCAACAAGAAAGAAUCAUUUGGUGAAGAAUUUGCUGUGGGAGGAACUUGUCUUGUAGAUAUUGUAAGAGUCUCGUAUCGUUAUCUUUUGACAGCGUCGGAGUUUAUAAUGUUAUGGAACUGGUCCUGUUUUAUCGACCUUGUGAAGAAGUAUACUGAUAUCCCUGUUAAUACCAAUGAAGAGCUAAAGAGAAAUUGUUCUGAUAUAAGAUGGUGUGGGAAAAAAAUAUUAUCGGUGGUUCUCAGUUUAAGUUCAAAUGCAAGUCUGAAUGCUGAAGAAGAUCUUUUGUGUUUAUUGAGGUGGCAAGAAUUUUGUCAGGAUGUAUCGAUAGAAAAAGCUGGCAUGUAUAUUGAAACUUCAAAGCGAAAAGAUAAAAAUUUGGUUGGUGAGUUCAUUGGGUUUGAUCUAGGUUAUUCAGCCCCCUCAACAAACUUUUGCUCUUUGAUUUCUUCCUCUUCUGCAGUACAUACAUUUCUACAAUCAAAGGAGAUCACAAGGGGUGAUGGAAAACCCUUCACCUUGACUUCAGCUGUGAAAAAGAGUUAUGAGAUGGUCUUUUUAGCUGUGAGUCAGAGGUGGCCUGUUCUUUUGUAUGGUCCUGCUGGUGCAGGGAAAACUGCACUUAUAUCAAGGCUAGCACAAGAUUAUGGGAGUCAAGUUCUGUCUAUACACAUGGAUGAGCAAAUUGAUGGCAAGACAUUAGUAGGAAGUUAUGUUUGUGCUGAGAACCCGGGUGAAUUUAGAUGGCAACAUGGUUCUCUUACUCAGGCUGUUUCGAAUGGACUGUGGGUUGUCUUUGAGGACGUGGAUAAAGCACCACCAGAUGUUCAGUCUAUCUUAUUGCCCUUGUUAGAGGGCUCAAGUUCAUUUUCCACUGGCCACGGGGAGGCAAUCAAUGUGAAUGAAGGCUUUCGCAUAUUUUCUACAGUCACAAGCUCAAAACUGGAUAUAUAUGCAGAAGGCAAUAUUUCAGUGAGUGCAUUUUGGAGAAGAAUCUUGGUUGGUACUCCUAGUGGAGAUGACUUGUUAAAAAUUGUGGAUGCAUGGUAUCCGAAAAUGAACCCUCUUGCAGGGAAACUUAUAGAUACAUUCAAACUUGUCAAUGACCUUUCAGCAUCUCAAACAGGAACUAUAUCCUGCAGUGCUCUCGGGCGAUUCUCAUUGAGAGAUCUCUUAAAAUGGUGCAAGAGAAUUGCUGGACAAGAUUUUCUCUCCUUCCAAGAUGGUUUCUCAAUCUAUGCUCGUGAAACUAUUGUUAAAGAGGCAUCGGAUAUUUUUGCAGCUUCAUUUUCUUCUGCUGAGUUCCGUUUGGCUAUAAUGAAUGGGAUAGCUAACUUGUGGUCAGUUGAUGUUGAGACAUUAUGUCCUAUAAAUAAGCCUAUGUUUCAAGAAAUUUCGCAAGGCAAGAAUCAAUGUCUGACAUUACAUGUUGGCCGGGUUGCCUUGGAGUGCUGUCAGAAAAAUUUCUGCCUUGACGAAAGACCUUUUGUUCAAAUACGCAAUUCAUUGCAUAUUCUAGAGAGAAUAGCUUGUUCUGUGAAGCAUAAUGAACCUGUUCUUUUGGUGGGUGAAACUGGUACUGGUAAAACCACUCUUGUACAGAGUCUGGCCACAAAGCUUGGUAAAAAACUUGUAGUGCUGAACUUGAGUCAACAAAGUGAUGUUGCUGAUUUAUUAGGUGGGUUCAAACCAAUAGAUGCACGGUUUGUAUGCUUUCCACUAUACAAGGAGUUUGUGAAUCUUUUUGCUAGAACGUUCUCCGUGAAGGACAAUGAAGGGUUCCUUAAGCGUUUAAGUUGUUUUGUGGAAGAUAGGAAUUGGAAGAAGUUGCUGAUUGGUUUUCAGAAAGGUGUUGAAACUAUUGAAAAAGAACAAUCUAAGUCUGGUGUGAAACGAAAGAGGCCCUUGGAUAGGAAAGUUAAGAAGGAAUGGGAAAAUUUUACCAUUAAACUUGAAAAGGCUCGUGCUCAAAUUAAUGAUUCCGCUGGAGUUAUAUUUUCAUUUGUAGAAGGAGCUUUUGUUACUGCUCUAAAGAAUGGAGACUGGAUAUUACUUGAUGAGGUGAACCUAGCUCCUCCAGAGACCCUGCAGCGGGUUAUUGGUGUACUUGAAGAAGAGAACGGUUCGCUUUGUUUGGCAGAGAAGGGUGAUAUAACCUAUGUAGAUAGAAGUACAAGCUUUCGCAUAUUUGCGUGCAUGAAUCCUGCAACAGAUGCUGGAAAAAGAGACUUGUCCUUCUCACUGAGGAGCAGAUUCUCAGAAUAUUUUGUUGAUGAUGUGGUGCAUGAUGAUGACCUAACUUUGUUCGUUAAUCAUUUUAUAAAGGAAGACCAUUCAAAUAAAGAAAUAGUUAGCAAAAUAGUGCAGUUUUAUAAAGCAGCCAAAAAUGAAGCUGAUGAAAGGCUGCAGGAUGGGGCUAACCAAAAACCCCAGUAUAGUCUGAGAUCUCUUAGACGUGCUCUUGAUUAUAUCCAAAAGGCAAAAUCGAAGUUUGAACGCCAGGAAGCCAUUUUCGAUGGUUUUUGUAUGUUCUUUCUGAUAUUGUUGGAUGAACCUAGUGCUAAGUUAAUGAAUCAAUUGAUUUGUUCAUAUCUAUUGGGAGGUAAAAUACCUAAGCAAAUCCCAUAUGAACGUUACUUGGAUGAAAGACAAGCUCAAAAUAUUACAGCUGGUGGUUUAUUGGACAGCUAUGUCAUAACUAAGACUGUUGGGGAGCAUUUGCGGAACUUGGCGCGUGCCAUAUUUAUCAAAAGAUAUCCUGUUCUUCUUCAGGGACCAACUUCUAGUGGAAAAACUAGUCUUGUUCAAUAUCUUGCUGCAUUAACAGGUCAUGAAUUCGUGCGGAUUAACAAUCAUGAACAUACCGAUCUUCAGGAGUAUUUGGGUUCCUACAUUACUGAUGCUAGUGGGAAGCUUGUUUUCCAUGAAGGUGCCCUUGUUAGGGCUGUGCGGAAUGGACACUGGGUAGUUUUGGAUGAACUAAACCUUGCUCCUUCCGAUGUUCUUGAAGCACUAAAUAGGUUGCUGGAUGAUUUCAGAGAGCUUUAUGUACCUGAAUUGCGUGAAACUCUUCGCGUACAUGAUGAUUUUAUGCUUUUUGCCACCCAAAACCCACCAAAUAUUUAUGGUGGUCGUAAGAUUCUGUCCCGAGCAUUUCGCAACCGCUUUGUGGAAAUCCAUGUUGAUGAAAUUCCAGACGAUGAAUUGACAACUAUUUUGGAGAAGAAGUGUAAAAUUCCUCCAAGAUAUGCUAAAGAAAUGGUUGAUGUUAUGAAGGAACUGCAGCUGCAUAGGCAGAGCAGUAAAGUGUUUGCAGGGAAACAUGGAUUCAUAACUCCACGUGACCUGUUUCGCUGGGCCAACCGCUUCAAGGAAUUUGGGAAAUCGUACGAGGACUUGGCUCAUGAUGGUUACUAUUUGCUGGCUGAGAGGCUAAGAGAUGAGAAUGAGAGAUGUAUUGUUCGCGGAAUUUUGGAGAAGAAGUUCAGAGUCAAACUUUCUCAGGAUUUCAUGUACAAGCAGGAAGGAGGAAGUGGAGGAAGCUUUGAGGUUGGCAAGAAUCCGACAGUGUUAGAAAAUUUUGGGGACAUUGUUCUGACUAAAAGUAUGGAGAGAUUGUACUUUCUUGUGGAACGUUGUUAUAAGAUGCGUGAACCUGUCCUCCUUGUUGGUGAAACUGGUGGAGGGAAGACAACAAUUUGUCAAUUUCUCAGCAUCAUCUUGGGAUCCAAAUUACACAUAUUGAACUGCCAUCAGUUUACAGAGACUUCUGAUUUUCUUGGGGGUUUCUAUCCAGUAAGAGAAAGAUCAAGGAUUGCCAAUGACUUCAAAGAUAUAUGCGUGAAAUUGAUUGUUUCCAAGUCUUUUGCCCACUUUCCUGGGGAUUCAAAAAUUUCUUCCGAUAUUAAUCAAGCUUCUACGAUUCUAGAUAAAGUAUCUAGGAUUAUUAGUAGUUAUAGACUUGGAUUGGUCUCGCAUCCUGAUGUGACAGUGGAAGAGCUUGAUUGUCUCAACAAUUUGAAUCUUCGAUUAGUUGAUCUGUAUCAUCAGUGGGAGACAAUCUUUAGGUGGAAAGAUGGACCUCUUGUUGAAGCAAUGAAAAAUGGGGAUCUAUUUCUGGUAGAUGAAAUUUCUUUGGCUGAUGAUAGUGUGCUUGAGCGAUUAAAUAGUGUGUUGGAGCCAGAAAGGAAGCUGGCUUUAGCUGAGAAAGGAGGAUCUGAUCUUGAGAAGAUAACUGCCCAUUCUGAUUUUUGCCUUUUAGCAACGAUGAAUCCCGGUGGCGAUUUUGGCAAGAAAGAACUAUCUCCUGCCCUUCGCAAUAGGUUUACUGAGAUAUGGGUACCUCCUGUUAGUGGCUUGGAUGAGCUUAAACUUAUUGCUCUUAAGAGAAUUCCAAAUCCACAGCUUGGCAGCUUCAUGGAUCUCAUGUUAAAAUUUUGGGAGUGGUUCAAUAAUUUGCAAACAGGAAGAAUGCUUACAGUGAGAGAUUUCAUAUCUUGGGCAUCUUUUAUUAAUGCAACUGGAGCAAAUUUACAACCAGAAUCUGCUUUCCUACAUGGGGCUUUCCUUAUUUUGCUUGAUGGUCUGAGUUUAGGCACUAAUAUCUCCAAGAAUGAGGCCUGCAGAUUGAGGGAAGAGUGUUUCUUAUAUCUUCUAGAGUUGUUGAAGGAUAUGAACUCUAGUUUUGGUAGCACAAGUCUCGCCAGACUAGAGAAUUAUGGUUGGGCUGACUCUGCUGUUGAGCCUGAUGUAUGCAAUGAUGAAAUGCAAUGUGAUAGUCUCUUUGGUAUUCAUCCAUUCUAUAUUGAGAGAGGUGAUGAUCACAGUGAUGAUGCAAAGUUCGACUUCCAUGCACCAACAACCCGAAGAAAUGUGUUGCGGGUGCUACGUGCUAUGCAACUUCCGAAGCCUGUUUUGCUGGAAGGUAGCCCAGGUGUUGGCAAAACCAGUUUAGUUGUAGCUCUUGGCAAGUCUUCUGGCCACACUGUUGUAAGAAUAAACUUAUCAGAGCAGACGGACAUAAUGGAUUUAUUGGGGUCAGAUUUGCCCGUGGAAAGUGAAGAAGGGAUGCACUUUGCAUGGUCUGAUGGAAUCCUUUUACAGGCACUGAAAAAUGGUUCAUGGGUUCUGCUGGAUGAACUCAAUCUUGCCCCACAAUCCGUCCUGGAGGGACUGAAUGCUAUUUUGGAUCACCGAGCGGAGGUCUUCAUCCCAGAGUUGGGUCUUACCUUUAAGUGCCCAUCCUCCUUCAGAGUAUUUGCUUGUCAAAACCCAUCAUCUCAGGGUGGAGGACGGAAAAGCAUGCCUAAGUCUUUUCUUAACCGGUUCACAAAGGUUUAUGUGGAUGAACUGGUUGAAGAUGAUUAUCUUGCCAUCUGCACUUCAGAAUAUCCUUCAAUACCAAAUUCCGUACUUUCAAAUCUUGUCUUAUUUAAUAAAAGGUUGCAUGAAGACACGAUGUUGUUACACAAAUUUGGUCAUGAAGGUUCCCCUUGGGAGUUCAACCUGCGAGAUGUGCUUCGAUCCUGCGAAAUAAUACAAGGUGAAUGCGGAAAAGCAAAGUCUGAUUGCUUUUUGAAUACUGUUUAUUUGCAAAGAAUGCGGACACCAUCUGAUCGACAAGAAGUCAUGAAGCUAUUUCAUUCAGUAUUUCGAAUGAAGCCUUCUAUAAACCCAUACCCAAGGGUGCAACUCAAUUCACGGUGCUUGACCGUGGGUAGUGUCUCUCUCCAGAGAGUUCACCAUCAGUUAUCACAUCGUGAGGUUAAAGUUUUACCUCAGCUGCGCAAUAGCCUGGAAGCUGUGGCUGAUUGUGUGAAGCAACAGUGGCUAUGCAUAUUGGUUGGCCCCCAGUCGUCUGGUAAAACUUCCUUAAUAAGGAUUCUUGCGCAGCUUACUGGCAAUAUAAUUAAUGAGCUAAACCUUUCAUCUACUACUGAUAUAUCUGAGCUGCUUGGAAGCUUUGAGCAAUACAAUGCCAUCAGAAAAUAUCGUCUUGCCAUUUCUCAAGUUCAGAAUUAUGUGCAUGAGUAUUGCUCCAUGGAGUUAGAGUCAUUGAGUGAGGCAUCCAAGAUAAGAGAUGAUCUUAGUGUUUUGUGGUUUGCCUUCAUAUCAACCAUCAAUGCUGUGGCUUCAACAAAAUACGCCGAUUCCUUUCCUUUGUUGAUUAACAUCAUUGAACAUCUUAAGUCUGAUCUUGUUUCAUGUUCAUUGCCUUUGUCAUGGUCAAUGAGAGAUCUGGAUGUCAUUCUCACUACAAUAAGAAAAUGCUAUGACCACUUGAAAAGGAGAUGUGCAACAAAAUUUGAGUGGGUACCUGGAGUUCUCAUAAAAGCUAUAGAAAAUGGGGAGUGGAUAGUUCUGAAGAAUGCAAAUCUGUGCAACCCAACAGUUCUUGAUAGGAUCAACUCCUUGGUUGAGUUGUCUGGCUCUAUCACUAUUAAUGAAUGUGGUACUGUUGAUGGAAAACCAGUCAUUCUUCAUCCUCAUCCGAGGUUUCGUAUGUUUCUGACUGUCAACCCUGCGUAUGGUGAGGUAUCACGCGCAAUGCGAAAUAGAGGUAUUGAAGUUUAUAUGAUGGAACCUAAUUGGUUGCUUGAUAGAGGAUGUACGGAGCCAGUUGAAGUGACUGAGCGUGAAGAUGCAAGGAGAUUUCUUGUCCUUGCUGGUAUCCCUGUCGGUAAAUUACAUGAUAUAAUGGCGUGCACACACAUCUAUGCCAAGAAUGAAUGUGCACGGUAUAACCUGCAAAUCACACUUCUUGAACUCUCACGAUGGGCGGGGUUGUUUCAAGAGCUACUUACGCAGGGCAAUGAAUUGUCUUGGAGCCUCCAAAUAAGUUGGGAGCAUAUAUACGUUUCUUCUUUAGGUGAAGGCGUGGGAAGACAGAUAGUUGAUAGUGCUCGAAAAUCUCAUUUAUCAGAGUCAGAAUUAAAAAAAAUCCAUUCAUCAGAAGAUAGCCUGUUAUGCUGGCCCGGUGGAUGGCCAACCCCCUUGAAGAUGAGGGAUUUUAUUUUUUAUCCCGAGGAGUCAAGUGUGAAACAAAAUUGCAUGUAUUUGGAGUUUCUAGGGUCUCAGUAUGCUCGCAACAUGCUUAGUUCUGUUUCAAGUCUGCAGCAAACUCUUCCUGCUUCUACCUCUGCCCAAUGCUAUUUUUUUGAUAUUAGGAGCUUACAUGCAUUUAUGUGUCCCGCAGAAUCAGAUAAUCUAGAUAAUUACUAUUGUUAUAGGAAUGAUUUUAAUCCAAGUGACUUUGAGAAAAUGCUUCUAUAUGCUGCUAACUGGGUGUUUGAGCAGGCAACUGAAAGUGAUUACAAACUUUACCUUGUAUAUUUCAGCUAUCUUGCUUCUCUACUACCGAAACCUGAUGGUUUCUUUCGUCGAUUUGUUGACUUGUUGCAAAAGGAACUAGAACACCCUAUAUGGAAACUGAUCUUCAAGUUCCACCAUGAGAUCACAUCUCAAAAUUCAGUUGCAGUAAACCUGAAUGUAAUGCGCCUCCUAUCAGAGGAAUUUACUGAUAUAUAUGGGCCAGAAUAUGUAAAUAUUUCUCAUUGUGAAAAACUCAAAACCGCUAUUAGUAGUGUGAACUUACUGAGGCUAAGCUAUCAUCAGUGGAGCUGUGAGGCAGGAUACAAUCACAGUUCAAAUACCGACCUUGAACCCUUUUUUAGAUCUUUGCAGCACUUGGAAGAUAAUGUUCUUCAAUUUUUUGGGAAGUCACCUGAUAUGUUUUUGAAACCACCCAGCACUGAAGCGCUUUGGCCUUUAUACAAUGAUCUUCUUGAACAUCACAUUCUGUUUUGGAACAGUUAUGUUUCAUCUGCUAUCGAGUCCACUGAUAAUGUCAUGCUUAUUUCCUGGCAUUCUUUAAUGAAGGUCUUGGCAAAGCUGGAGGAUUUUUUCCCGGAACAAGUAAAAAGUGUGAAGAGUGAGAUGUGGAGGAUGGAUAAAGGCCCAUACUGGUCUGCGCCUUUGCAAAAGCCUUUGCUGUGGGAUCAUGGUGGGCAUCCAUUUCAACCCUCUACUGCUGAGUUGUUUGAAAAGAGAUGUAAACUACUCAAGCUUUGUGAUCUAGUAUGGCCACGAAAGAGAAAGGCUUUUGAGCGGGAUGGAAACAAUGUGCCAACUGAAGCUGCGCUAUCUUCAAAUCCAGAACUUCGUUUGCUCGCUAUGCAAGGUGUUUGCAUGUCAUCAUAUGUAAUGGAAAAAACUGAUGAAGGGCAUCUCAAUGUUGUUAACCAGUUGGAAGACAUAUACCAGACUCUCUUUAUAAGGUUAGACAUUGAAAAGAAAAAAUUGGAAGGGAAUUCUCGGUCAAUUCAGCAAGAGCUCCAGCUAUCCAAUUCAUCCACUUGCUGUGUUUUCACUCCUGAAUUGUUGUCUGCCAAAUCUGGGAUUCAUUGCUGGCUAGAGACACUGCCCAUAGCUGAUGAUAUUGGUUUCAUUCUUGAUACAAUGUUACUUCAGCGUCUUUCCCAGAUUGAAUCUACCUAUGGCGAUGAACAACUUUAUGAAUUAACUGCAUUGGCUGGCUGCAUUGAGUAUACUUUGAACUUUUCUAUGAACUUUUCUCCCAGGCCACCCACAGACUUUUUGGGUUAUCAAAAGAUCUUGUGGACACUAGAUGCUCAUGCAUCCGUGCAUGCAGUUAAUAAAAAGAUCUCAAGUUUCAUUCUUGAGAUGUGGUUUGCGUGGCAUACUGCUUUGUGGAACCCUUGCCAUGUUGUUAAUGAGAAUCUUUCCUGGGAUGGAUUUAAAAAUGAUGUUCUACCUGAUAGGCUUUUUAUGCCAGUGAAAAUGACGGCUAUUGAGAAAAUUCUGCAAGGUGCAUUUGCUGUUAGAGAUUACUCCAUGCACAGCCUGAAACUUAGAUCAUCAUCACGCCAUCUCUGGCAUGGUUCUAGAGAUGUUUCAAUAACCAAGUUCCUUUUAUCUGGUGCUCAGUCCCUUUUCCAGCAGAUCAUAAAUGCACACAGAAUGUCAUUUGAAGCAGACACGUACAUGAGAAUCAAGUCUUUCUUUCGUUCUACUCGCGAGAAGAUGAUUACGGAGAAGGAUGUGAAGGACGUGAUUCCUCUUCUUGCAUCUUCGAACCAUAAACAUUUUACAUCAUUGCUUAAUCUCUUAAUUGAGCCAGUGCUCCGUGUCCUUUAUAUCCCAUGUUCAAGCGAUAUUUUGCAUAAUCUGGGCUCUGCAUGGUUAAUGGUUGGUGGCUUACGAUACUGCCUUGUGAUUAGUCACGCAUAUUUGGAUCCCACUUUAAAAUACUCCGUAAAGCACUCUCAGCUCACACAAAAAAUUGCUUCCCUUGAACUUGAGAAUCAGGUAAGAAGACAGAGUACUUACUUAGCAGGUUCUUUUCAGUUAAGAGAAGAUGAUAAACAUACCAAUGUGCUGGAGGGCCUCAACAAUAAGCUGAGGAAUCUUCAAAAAAAGAUUGUAUUCCGCUCUGAUCCUGGGAAGUUCAGGAAUUUGAAAUACGACUGUGAUGAUUUUCUUAAGUCAGUCCAGAGGGUUUUUAGCUGGAUUACAUCCCCAAAAAGUGAGCAUGUGGAGGAUGUGUCUGAUCGAAUCCAAAAUUGGCAGAGGGUUUUUAGCUGGAUUACAUUUGCAAAAAGUGAGCAUGUGAAGGAUAUGUCUGAUCAACUCCGAAAUUGGCAGGAGACCUGUACACGCUUUAUUGAGCGUCUUUCAGAAGAAUAUGCUGAUUACGUGGAUAUUGUUCAACUAAUACAGAUGUCAAUAUAUGAAAUGAAAUUAGGCUCCUCUCUUGUUAUUUCAAAUGCUUUAGAUAGAAAGUUACUUGAUCAACUGGGUAAACAGGACAUGGAUUCUGUUCUGGGGACAAUAUAUUCCUUUAUGAGAUUCCCAAGGGUAUGUGCAAAAAAAUAUGCAAGUUACAAGGUUGACAGUACGCUGUACAAGUUCUCCUGGAAUGAUAUUGAGCUGCCUACAGAUGUUAACACACUGGACUUGCAUUUUCUUGAGGAUCUUGUUUCUACCAAAGAUGAUGGCAUAGCUGAUGGAAAGAUCCCAGCUUCUCUGUACCACAAUAUUCUCGUUCGAUUGAUGCACUCUGCAGCUGAUGCUCACUUCAUGGAUAACUCAUCAUUUGCACUUUUGGAGAAGAUAUUUGAUGAUUUUGCAAGGCGUUGGUUGCACAUGAAACUGCAUAUCAGAAUGAAAGAAGAAGACAACAGUGAUCAACUAGUUAGGUUCCGAUCGCGCCCGCUUAAAAUAGAAAAUAUCCUUGACAGUGAUGUUUCCAAUUUGGAAAGUGCUGCUUCAUAUGAGAGUUUCUCAGAUUGGAAGGAAAUGUUCUAUGGUGAUGAAAUUUCUGACAAUGGGAAAACUGAGAAGGAAUGUGAAACCCCAGAGGAUGAAUGGAAUUCUGUUGAAGAGCCCAUUAUAAAUGACAUGAUCCACAUUCACAAUGAAAUAUUUGGUUCAGUAGAUCUUGUUGAAAAUCCUGGUAAUAUUCACAUAUCUGAUACAGACAGAUUGUCUUCUUUCAUCGAAUCAUAUUCACUGGGUGUAAGAAUGAAAAAAGGUUUAGAUGGUUUCUUCUGCUCAAGUUUGGAUGCUAAGGUUGUUCCAGAACACUUACUUCGCCUGUGUUUGGAGCAUAAACAGAUAUUUGUUUCUCCCAGUCAAUCAGGGCUCGCAUACAACUUUUAUAAGGAUUCAAAUGCACCUGCUAUGGCAUCAAUGGUAGCUCCUUUAACUUCUCUUAAACAGAAAGUUCUCAAUCUUUUGAAUGAAUGGGAUAACCAUCCUGCUCUUCAGAAGAUAGUUGAUAUUAUUGACAUGCUCUUGGCUAUUCCUCUAAGUGCUGCUCUCGCUAAGGCUCUCUCUGGCUUGCAUUUCUUGCUUAAUCGAGUCAACAUGUUAUUUCAGACAGUUGCCAAAUUUCCAUUGGCUGAUCAAAUGAGAUGUAUUUUUAGUUUGGUAUCCUCGUGGCAUAAGCUGGAGUUUGAAUCUUGGCCUGCUUUGCUUAAUGAAGUUCAAGCUCAGUUUGAAACGAAUGCUUCAAAGUUAUGGUUACCGAUGUAUUCAGUACUUCGGCCAAAACAGUCUACUGACAAUAUUGGAUAUACUUCAUCUGUGGUUGAAAGCUUGGAGGCAUUUUUUCAAAUGUCCUGUGUUGGUGAUUUUAGAAAGCGUCUUCAACUACUUGUUGCUUUUCAUGGACACCUGAGUAAUUGCACACUCAGAGAUUCUUCUUCAAGCCCUGAGGAGAUUGUGAAAGUUCUAUAUAACAGUUUUGGCUAUUAUGUGCAGUUCUUGCCAAUGGUUUUGGAUCACAUGGAUGCCAGUAAAAGGAAUAUUGAGAAGGAACUAAAAGAGCUUGUGAAGCUGUGUCGAUGGGAACGGAUUGAGGAUUAUGCAGCCCUAGAGAGCUUUGGGCGAACUAGGCAUAAACUCAAAAAACUUGUUCAGAAAUUUGCCGAUUUACUUCAACAACCUGUUAUGUUUAUUAUCAAUCAAGAAGUAAAAGGAAGGGGACUAAGUUCUCAAACCAUCCAAGACACAAAUUUUUCAGUUGACUUUUAUGAGAGGAGCAGGAAUAUUCUUAAUGCACUUUGUGAUCAGAUUGAGUUCAUAAAGAAUAGUCCUCUAUAUGCUGCUUGGUGGAAGGAAGUUGAGGAUAUUGUUCAAGAUCCGCACGUCAGCAGUAUAACAGAAACUUGUUUUGCUGGCACAUCCUUUAAGGAAAAAAUUAUAGAAGUCGGAAGGAUCCUAAAGGAUGGAUUACCACCUCAGUAUUCACAGAUUUCAUUCUCUGGUAAUUGGAAUCGACUUUGGCAUACAAUAGAUGAAAUAUGUAGGACUCUAAUUGGUUGUGUGGAGGUGUGGAAUGAUGAUAAAAAGAAGUCAAGUAGAAGAAGAGUUUUUUCAGAUCUACUCAAGGUCUUGGAUGUGUGUGGGUUGUCUAAGCACAGAUCAACAUUCAAAGAGGGACAACUAGAAUCCAAUGCAUCAAUAUGUUGGCUUCUUCAGCCGUCAUUCGAACUGCGGGACUUGCUCAUGAUGAAAACUGGGCUAUCAUCUGGUGUUGCUGAAAAUCUCAUUCUUAGACAGCUUCAGGCCUCUUCUGAUGAAAAUUAUAAUUCUAAAUGGAAAUCUGCUAAUCAGUACUACUUCAAGAGCAUCAAAUCAAUGAAACUAUUGCAGAAUAUUAGCCUAAACUUCCAUAAGGAUUUUACUCUCGAACAGGUUGAGAGGUCAGGGUCUUACAUUGACCAUCUUCUUACUAUUCAACAAGAACAGCGUGCAGUUGUCUAUGCUUUUGCUCGACAACUAGCACACUUUAAGGAGUGUCGUUUACCUUUGGUCAAUAUAUUCUCGGACUCCCCUUUUUCUUCUGCUGGUAACACUAAUCUGUGUUUGACCCAAAACCAUUUCAAGUCUUUUAAUUGCUUGUGGCAGCAAAAGCAACUCUUUGAUGGCUUAUGUUGCCUGUUGCAUGAAGAGCGUUUGUUCUUACAAACAGUACUGGAUAACCAUUUGAGUCCUUGCACAAGUGUCAGACAGUCUGCAACGGAUUUUCUUCUUUUCAUUGGAAAACACAUUCCAGUUAUUAAAAAAUCUAAGGAUUUGCUGGAUGAUCUUGUUCUUGGUGUUGAUAGAGCUACAACCACAACCAUAGGGGAAACCCCAUUGCAUCCUUGUGGCAUUACAGAACACAUGGAGAAAAGGUUAACACAAAAUUUUGAAUUGAUCAAGUCCUUUGAGAAUGAACUCCACAGCUUCCGGAGGCAAAUUGGGGAUGGAGAAGCUGCAGUUGAAAAUAUUCUGCUUGAGCAUUUCACUGAUAUAUUUGAGAAGGCCAACUUCAUAGUUGGACAGUUUGGUGCUGAUUGCGACUCUUCAGAAAAUGAUGUUCAUUCUAGUUCCACUCUUCAUGAUGCUGAAAAUAGUUUUGGUUUGUCCCUGAUGGAGACCUGCAAAUAUAUGAUGGACACUCUUAAUGCUAUGGGCUCAUUAGGGCAUGAUCUUCCUGAUAAGCUGAAUAUUGGUGUGUGGAAGGAGCUCCUGCAGUCAAAUAUAGUAACACUCCAACUGGAUGUGAUUAGUGAUAGAUUACUUAAGACCAUCUGUGUAGCUAGAAAAAUAUUGAAUUAUUAUGGCCGCCAAAGUAAAAAUUUAACUUCGCUCAUUAGAAGACAUCUAAAACAUCUAUAUUGCUUGUCAAAUGCAAUUAUGGCUAUUGGAGAAGGUCUUCUGCACUGUUCUCUGGUCAUGCAUAGGAUGGUAUCUGUAAUGACCCAUGUCCUCGCAGAAGUUUUUUCUUCACUGUUCUCCAAUGGUUAUGGUACUAAAGAAGACCAAAUGAACGAUUCCUGUCAAGAUGAAAUUCCAAAUGCAUGUGGUACGGGUAUGGGUGAGGGCACUGGAUGUAAUGAUGUCAGUGAUCAGAUAACUGAUGAAGAUCAACUCAUUGAGGCUUCUAUACCAAAUGAGCAAGAGAACAAUGAUUCAAAUGACUUGUCAAGUGCCAAAGAUAAGGGAAUUGAGAUGGAAGAAGAUCUUACAGGUCCUGCGUAUAGUCUUAGUACAGAUUCCAUUGAUGACAAAGAUGGCAAUGAAGAGGAGGAUGGGGAAAUAGAUUCUGCUAUGGGUCCCACUGGUGAUCACAGUGACAAAGUUGAUGAGAAACCUUGGGACAAGAAAGGUGACGAAGAUGAUGAUAGUAUAGAUGAGAAGUAUAAGUCUGCGCAAUCAGUAAACGACAAUGGAAAUGAUCAGGAACUCCAAGCGAAAGAUGAUACUUCCUCUAAUGAUGAUGAGAAUUAUGAAAGAGAGGGAUGCGAUCCUGGGGAGUCUGAUAAACAACAUGAUGAAAAUGGGAACGCAGAAAGCCCUGAUGAUGAAACCGAAGACAUGAAUUUGGAUGAAGGAAAUGCUUAUGUUGAUCCUGCAGGGUUGAAACUUGAUGAGCAAGAUGCAGGUCAAGCAGAUGAUGGCGGUGAUUUGGAUCCAUCAGAACAAACUGAACCCAUGGAGGAAGAUCAUGCAAAUCCUGAUGUCUCUGAUAACAGUGAGAAUGAUGAGGAACCAACUGACUCAAAGGAUGACAUUCUGGGAGAAACGGAUGACAAACACAUUGAUGAGAAAAUAUCUGGUGGAGCUCAAGAGGAGGACAGCCUUCAGGAAAGCGAUGCAAACGAGGAACAACUCGAGCCAAAUGGAGAUGUUAUUCAGCCUAAUGCCUCCCCGUUUGCUGCUCAAACUGAGCAGAAUGGUCAAAGUGGACUAGAUCUACCUGAGUCCAAAGAUGAUAACCCUGAUGCCGAAAACUUGAAAAACUCAAGCAAAGAGGCAGAACGAUCGAAUGCCGGUGGACUGGAGCAUAACCUUGCUCCUGGUGGAGGCUCUGAUGCAUAUGAUCAAGAUAUCAUGGUGGCUGACUCAUCUAAUGGCGACAAGUUACUAAGUGGUAAUAGAAAUGAAACUCCAAUCCUUCAAGAUAACUCCUCACCCUUGUGUAGGAAUCAGCCAAAUCCAUGUCGUAAUGUUGGAGAUGCUCUUGAUGGAUGGAAAGAGAGAGUAAAUGUUUCUACUGAUAUAGAGGAUAACUUACAGAGUGCAGAUGACUUGGAAGAUAAUGAUGCAGUUGAAUAUCGAUAUACAGGGGAAUUCGAUAAGGGGACAGCCCAAGCAAUUGGGCCAGCAACGACUGACCAGAUCGAUAGAAACGUGAAUGGAAAUGAUGUUGAAGGUGAUGCUGGAGUGAACGAGAAAAAGGAACAUGCUAGUGAAAUGGAUCUCAAUAAGCUCCAACUUCAUUCCCAAGCUAUUGUUAGUUCUGCUUCCACGUUCAACAAUGAUAUUGAAAUGCCAUUGGAGAGGUCGGAAACAGACAAGCAACCUGAACAGUCUGCUGAAGAGGAUAGAAUGGGUCAUGUCGGUGGUGAGUCAAGUUGUUCAUCGUUGAAUCUGAUUUCAGUGGUGAAGAAUUAUUUAAACGAGGAUAUAAAUCAAUUCAGCAAUCUCUCCAUGACUGAUGAUGAUGACUUGGGUAAGGCCUGCAAGCUAGAAGAAGAAUCAACAGGUGACAUGAAAGAUGCGGCUCUUUGGAGAACUUAUGAACUUCGCACCACAAGGCUUUCCCAGGAGUUAGCUGAGCAGUUACGCUUGAUUAUGGAGCCCACUCUAGCCAGCAAGCUCCGAGGGGAUUACAGGACAGGCAAAAGGAUCAAUAUGAAAAAGGUAAUUCCCUAUAUUGCAAGUCAUUAUCGGAAAGAUAAGAUAUGGCUGCGCCGUACAAAGCCAAACAAACGUGAUUAUCAAGUUGUCAUUGCUGUGGAUGAUUCUCAAAGCAUGUCUGAAUCACGUUGUGGCCAUGUUGCUGUGGAAGCUUUGGUGACGGUGUGCCGCGCAAUGUCUCAGUUGGAGGUGGGAAAGUUGGCUGUCGCAAGCUUUGGGAAAAAGGGGAAUAUCCGGCUGUUGCAUGAUUUCGAUCAGCCGUUUACUGGAGAGGCUGGAGUUAAGAUGAUAUCAAGUUUUACAUUUAAGCAAGAGAACACAAUAGCAGAUGAACCAAUGGUUGAUCUGGUGAAGUAUUUGAGCAAUAUGCUUGAUGAAGCUGCCUUAAAUGCAAGGCUACCAACUGGAGAUAGCCCUCUCCAGCAACUUGUUUUGAUAAUAGCAGAUGGUCGGUUUCAUGAGAAGGACAAAUUGAAGCGGCGUGUGAGAGACCUAAUGAAUAAAAAGCGCUUAGUUGCAUUCCUGCUGCUGGAUAGCCCUGAAGAGUCCAUUACAGACCUUCAGGAAGCCACAUUUCAGGGGGGAAGCGUGAAGUUCAACAAGUAUUUGGACUCGUUCCCAUUCCCGUAUUAUCUGGUGUUGAAGAAUGUAGAAUCCCUUCCCAGGACGCUAGCUGAUUUGUUGAGACAGUGGUUCGAGCUCAUGCAGUCCUCAAGAGACUAAGGUUUUUGUACUCAUCACCAUUCAUUUUCUUAUAUUAGAAAGUCUUUCCUUCAGCCUCACCCCACCCCCCACCAAAUCACACACAAAUUCAUCGAUAGGUGUAGACGUGUAGUAUGAUGUAUAGAGAGAGAAGGCAGGUGGAAAAUUCUGUACGUAGACAGCCUUCACCAACAGUAGUGGGCGAAUUCAAAUGCUGGGCGCAAUGGAAUUUUGGCAAGCUAUAUAACAUUCAGCGGCUGUGCAAUAUAAUAUUUAUAUAAUACACGUCUUUUUAUUAAGCUGGCUUAGUAUUUUUAAUUUCAUCCCAUUGGUGGUGGUAGCCGGCAAGUGUAUAUAUUGUGUACUGGUAUGGUGAUGAGUGAAUACUUGAUUAUUUAUCACAAAUCACGGGUGCAGCAGCUCACCUGACAAGAUGACAAAGACGGCUAAAGUUAGUUUCCCAUAAAUAUGAAGGGAAUGCCCGCUGUUUUACAACUACCUACAAGGCUACAAGUAUCAUUCUCA